AUGGAUCCGACCGACCUGCGCUGCCUGACCAGCGCGUACGCGCCGGUCCUUCAAAUCCCCGAAGGCUGGGGCGGCUCCCUGGCCUCCCCAAUCGCCGCCGGCUAUGUGGGGGGCCCCUCGAAAGGCGAUGCCCAUGCCGGCGAGUCGCCCGUGGCCUUGGUGCUCACGGACUCGGGCUCCGUGGCCCUCCGGCUGCCGGGGUUGUGCGCCCCGGGGCCCGGCUGGGAGGGGGGGGACUUCUGCCCCGAGGUGCCCACCCUGGCGCGCAACGUCUGCAUGGUGGAAGGGGAGGCGGUGGUGGCGCUGGAGGGCCCGCUGGCGAUCGCCAUGCAGGGCGCGAUGGGCUCCGACGGCCCGUCCGACUCGCCCAGCAGCCAGGGGCAGGGCAAUCUGAUGAGCGCACUGGGUGGGGCAGGUUUUCACGGCGGCGGCGCCGGUGUGGGCGGGGACGCCUUCCACUCGGGCUCCGGCGGGGACGAGGAAGUUGCCCCCGGGCCGCCAGUGAUGAGCUCCAACGAGAAGCGCAAGCUGCGCAACCGCAAGGCGCAACGCAAGUUCCGUGAGCGCCAGAGGGAGCGGAUCGCGAUGCUGGAGGACGAGGUCAGGGACCUCCACACGAAGUGCCACGAGCUCGAGAUGGAGAACGCAAAACUCGAGAAAGAGAAUGAGGUUGUCCGGGCGGUGCUGGACGAGGAGGAAGUGGAUGCACCAGAAUGA